UCCUUUUUGGGACUUUCAUUUUAAAUUUUUAAACCAAGCAUACUUAAGCACUUUUACCAAUGGAAGAAAAAGUAAUGAGCGUAUUUCGCUGCGCUAUUUUUUUGACAGUCAGAUAAUAUUUUAAAAUGAAUUUUUUUGUGAUUGAACGAUGUUGUUUUUCUGAAUUUAUUGAAGAAGUGCAUAGCACAAAAUAGGAAAAACCCAAUUUUCGUUAAAAUAAAUCAUUUUCCUGUUGUGACAAGUAACGGACCAUAAUUUUUGUGAUAAUUUAGUUGUAAAAAAUCAGUGAAAAUUGAAACCGAAAAAGACUAUGGAUCCCUUGGAAAUAAAGGCCGAGCCAACACAAUUUGUUGUCAAUGUUUUCCACAGCUUCAACGACAAUGGAAUCAAUGAUGAAAACCAGGGAUACGAUCAUGAUUCGUCAGACGUAAUAAUCGAACAGCCAGACCUUGUUGGAAAUGAUUUUACCGGCAUCGAUGGAAAUGGAAUCGACCUGCACGGAAAUCAAGAGAAUGGUGAUUUUUCCUCCGAGCCGACAUUAAUUAGCGAGGAACAACUAAGCCAAAGCGACUCCAAAUCUACAGAAUACAAUGGCAAACGAAAGAAAACGUACACCUGUGAGAUAUGCGGUCAAAUUUUUCUGCGAUCGUACCAGCUGAAUCGUCACAACUUCAUCGGCAUACAUAAAGUAAAAUUUCUGAACGGAUCCCGCCAACCGAAUGGCACCAGUGUAACUGACGAGAGCCAGUGGUACAACAUUCAAAACGUCUUCCACAACAUGCAGACAUACUAUAAGUGCCCGUUUUGUAACGAAGCAUCAACAGAUCUAAAAAUUUUGGACGAACACAUCCAGGACCACAACGGGAAAACGUUUAGUUACAUUUGCGAAUUGUGUGAUAAAAUCUUACCAUAUCCGAAAUACUUGAAGAAUCAUGUCAUCAGUCAUACGUUGAAUCAUUUCUACAAAUGCGACAUAUGUGAACGAUCCUUUUCGUCGCUGCCGUCUCUAAUUAAGCAUGAGCACUCGUGUCACGGCAAAGGAAUGCAGACCACUUGCUACCAGUGUAAAAAAGUCUUUGAAAACAACAAUUUAUGGCUCUCCCAUUCGUUUCGGCAUACGUUGAAAAAGCCUUAUACUUGCGACAUUUGUUCGACCGGUUUCAUACAUUUGUCGAUUUUAUUGAAGCAUAAGAAAUGUGAUGACAAUUGUGUUAAAAGCACCACAGCAUCAGCGACAUGCUUCCCGUUCGAUUAGACUGUUGAAGUGGAAUCGUUUUUGUUUUUCUAGUCUCAUAGAUAGAUUUAAAUUUUUUUAAGAAAAAACAAUGAGAUCGAGUGUCACCACUGGUCUUCGUGUACCAAAACUAUACCUUCCUAGGUUUCAUUGCUCUCGAAUGUUUCGCUCAAGAACGUUAUGAUGAACACAGGCAGAAAUCGGAAAUGAAAUUCCAUUCUUCCAAUUUUUUAUUUUAUUUGGUGUCUGGAUAACACGAAGGGUUAAUGGAAUGAACUGGACGAAUCUUAGUCUGGCUGCUUUUUGAAAAUUGAUCAAUCGAUUUUGUUGAUUGUUCGCAAAUGUGGAAGGUCCGACUAAAGCGCACCAUAUAUAUGGAUAAUGAAAAAAGGAUGAAAUUAUUAGAUUUAAUAUGAAAGAAAAUAAAGAAAAUGUACACGCAAA